CCCCCCAUCAUCUCUUCGUGUCUCCAAGCUCUGCGUCCUGAUUCCACCGCGCGCCGGGUUUUACUCGGUUACAUGCUCGAGGCUGCCUCUUCCGACUAAAUUAGGUGACAGAAAAAAAAAUAAAAAAGUCAGUUACACAAAUCUUCGCUGCCCUCCCGCCUCCAUUCUCUCUCUCUGGACCCCCCCACCCUAUUCCAGCGUUUAUUACCGCCUACUCCUCCACAUGCAUCCGAGUGCUGGGCCCCGGCGUACCGGCUCCAGCCAUGUCGGCGAGCGAUGCAGCCGGUGACACAGCCUCCGGGGGAGAGACAGGAGAUGUGUUGGAGGAGGGUCUUCAGAGUCGAUCUCUCUCAGUUUCCAGUUUGGUGACCCCCACUUCAGCUGCUGGCUCGGCAUCCGGCAUGGAGCUGACCAGGAAACGCAAGGGCAGCACCGACAAGGAAACAAAAUCGGUGUCCGUGCUGGAUGAAGACAUGGAGGAUGAUCAGGAAAGGUCAGAAGGGGAUGAUCCACAUGUGAAAAUUAAGUGUUUCAGGGAACCUCACAGCCAAAUCGAGAAACGGAGGCGGGACAAGAUGAAUAACCUGAUCGACGAGCUGUCGGCCAUGAUUCCCACGUGUAACCCCAUGUCCCGCAAGCUCGACAAACUCACUGUGCUGCGUAUGGCUGUGCAACACCUCAAAUCCCUCAAAGGUGCAACCAGCUCCUUUGCCGAAGCCAACUACAAGCCUUCAUUCCUUCCUGAUGAUGAACUCAAGCACCUUGUUCUCAGGGCUGCGGAUGGAUUCCUGUUUGUGGUUGGAUGUGACAGAGGGAAGAUAGUAUUUGUUUCAGAGUCUGUUUCGAAGAUUCUGAACUACACUCGGCCAGAGCUGAUAGGCCAGAGUUUGUUUGAUUAUGUUCAUCCAAAGGACAUAGGAAAAGUAAAGGAGCAGCUCUCAGCCUCUGAACUGUACCCACGGGAACGCCUUAUAGACGCCAAAACGGGACUCCAGGUGCAAGCUGACCUGCCUGUAGGAGCCACUCGACUCUGUUCAGGAGCCCGCCGCUCUUUUUUCUGCCGAAUGAAGUGCAACAAAGUCGCUGUUAAAGAGGAAAAGGACUUCCAGGCCAGCUCAUCAAAAAAGAAAGAAUCGCAGCGUUAUUGCACCGUGCACUGCACCGGCUAUAUGCGCACUUGGCCCACCAGUCAGCUCGGAGCAGAGGGAGAGGCUGAGGCCGAUAAGGAGAGCUCACACUUCAGCUGCCUUGUAGCCGUGGGCCGCGUGCACCCUCAUACCAUCCCCCAGGCCAACGGAGAGGUCAAGGUCAAGCCCACAGAGUUCAUCACUCGCUGUGCCAUGGAUGGCAAAUUCACAUUUGUGGAUCAACGAGCCACCACUGUACUUGGAUAUCUACCACAGGAGCUGCUAGGCACUUCCUGCUAUGAAUAUUUUCAUCAAGACGAUUUGCCUCAUUUAGCAGACAGACACCGAAAAGUGUUGAGAAGUAAAGAAAAGAUCGAGACAAACUGCUACAAGUUCAAAACGAAAUACGGCUCUUUUGUCACCUUGCAAAGUCAGUGGUUUAGUUUUAUAAAUCCCUGGACCAAAGAAGUAGAAUAUAUAGUGUCAACAAACACAGUCAUAUCUGAUACGAGCAAUUCCAGCGGAUCAGGGGACAAGUCAGAACAGCCAAUAGAUUCCAAAGCUUCCGAAGAGGAUGCGAAGAAAUCCCUCCCCAUCAUCCCAGGUAUCUCGAAUGCAUCAGGCACCAUGAUUUAUGCUGGAAGCAUCGGAACACAAAUAGCUAAUGAGUUGCUGGAUUUUAACAGGAUGAACUCUUCCCCAUCUAGUGGCAAUGCCAGCCCCUUCAGUCUGCUGCAGGACAAAUCUCCACUGGUUCUCACUCAAGCCAGCAAUGUGCCAAACGGGGAGGUGACAGAAACACAUGUGCCCAGCAAGUCCAGCUCAGAGGAUGACUCGCGAAGUGGACCCUUUACCGGCAGUGAAAAUGUCAUGGAGGGACCGUCUCAGUUGGAUCUUGAAGGGGUUCCAGGGCUAGGAAGUCUAAGCAGCGACGAAGCCGCCAUGGCAGUCAUAAUGAGCCUGCUGGAAACUGACGCCAACCUGGGAGAGGGUGUGAACUUUGACGAGAUGCGCUGGUCUCUCUAACUUGUCCUUCCUUGAGUUUUAUUACGAUUUUUUUUUUGUUUUUUUGUAAACACCUUUUUAUUCCUUGGUGGAUAUUUAGUUUUUAAACACACUUUGUAUCCCUGGGCCCAAGAUCAUCCGCAUCAUGUCUUCGAACAAUUUUGAAUUGGCUGUGCGAGUCCUCUGACGUUCCCUCAGUGCAAGAGAAGUAGAGAUGAGUGCAGGAAGAGAGUCAUGGGUUUAUACCUUUAUCCUGUGUUCCCGGUGUAUUAUCUUCCAGAAGAAUGAAGAGCAGAAGAGUCUGCAUGCAAAGAAACUGCGUAUCUUAAGCAAUGACCAGAUUUUUAUUGGUCUUCAGCUGAGAGGAGAUGAAUCGGCUGUGUGUUCCUAUGCUGAGUGCAGCAUGUUUUCGUCAAGCCAUAAAACAUGUUCCCAAAUAGUUAGCUUUCAGUUAACAAACACAAAAUGGACCUUUUACAGGAUUCCUCCAUCCUUACAGGACUGAAACCUGAUAGUUAUUAUUCUCUUAGCUUUUGAACCCAAGCAUCAUGGAGGUAAAGAGGCAGGUUUGUGGUCAUUUGUCAAGCAAAAUGUUCUGAGUGAAUCAUACAGAAGCCCUGAAAUGCAAAUAAAUACAAGUGCCAUGUCAUUAUUGAAUUAAUUAAUACCUAAUUAUUUCACUUGUCAUUGAGUUAUUUUAACAUAUUACCCCCUUCAACAAUAUAUCAAUACGAUUAAUUUACUGAAUGUCAUACAGCAGUCAGAUCUCCUCUAUUAAUUUGGCAAGCGCCAUUGUGAGGUCUUUCUAUUUUGUAUAACAGCACAGCACUGGUAUAUUUCACUGUUUCUAUCACCCUGCUUGUCUAAAUUUGCCACGUGAAAUUCCCUGUGGCUGAAUCACAGUCGUCCUGAUAUUCAAUAUAACAACAUUCUAGCUUCAUUAUUUCAACAGAAUAAAGAACAAACCUUAUUUUAAAGACAUUGUUAUUUUGACUUAUUAUCGUCAUUAUGCUAAUCAUUUUUAGUGUGGUGUUUGGAUAUAUUUUUUUUUAUUUACAUAUUUUUAUUUUUUCCUUAUUUUUAUUUAAUUAUUCUGCUUUAAUCACUCAUUAUUUUCAGUUAUUUUUGUCAUAUUAUUUCUUCACACACACACAAACCCACAAGCUCUAAACAGAUUAUGGGGUAUGUGUGAAAAAAAUAUUAAAAAGGUUUGUUUAUUAAAUAUCGGCAUGUGAUACUUAUACCUUGUGCUGUUAGUAUUGCUUUAGUAGGAUUAAGCGAACAUGUGCACAUUGAAUAAUUUACGUAAGUGCUUUCAGGUAUGCUAAAGCAAACACUGCUAGUCAAACAGAAGAGCAGUAGGAGUCGAAGUAAUACGUUAUUAUGCUGUUGUUUCAAGAUAUUAUCUUGUUAAGUUGAAAUAACAAGGUAUUCAUUUAACAUAAUGACAUAGCAUGUUAACAUUUAUUUUUCACAGCUCGUGGUUCAGGGCUUCUAAAGAAAUUGGCAUGUGGGGCUAUUUUUGCUCUCGGAGAUGAUGAUGAUGAUGAUGAUUGUUUGCUUGUGUUUCAUUUGACCUUGAUUCAACCUCGAUCCACUUCUUAAUGAUGCUUAGAUGGAGUGAAAAGCUAGCUGAGUGGAUCUAAGCUGAGUAGAACAGUGAAGGAGCCAUAUUACAACCUCCCUUUUUCAGGAAGUUUCCUCUGAUAAGCUAUACAUCAUAUGUCACCAUAAAGCUUUGAAAACAUGAAGAUAUUUAUUGUUUUAUCCGAAUGAAUCCAGAACUCUCAGGGAGCAAAUGGCUGGGAAGUCGCCGCCCCCCCCCCCCCCCACACACACACACACACACAAACACACACACACACUCAUCUUGUGUAAUUUUCACCUAUUGGUCUUUUGACUUCCACUGGUGCACCAGGUUAGUGUAUAGAUUCUCUUCAUGCUUCAUACAUUUGCUAAUUAUUGCUUUUUUGUUUCUUUGUUUAAAAAAAACCACUCACAGGAAUCUUUUAUUUGCAAAGAAAGCUUGUUGAAAGCACAUUGAGCACAUUUAUAAACCUCAGAAGGCAGACUUUCUUCUCCCCGCUCUAAGCUUUCCAACAUUGCUCCCUUUUGGACACAGUGAAUUUCUAGACACUCUUCUGUACAUGUAGCCGAAUGUGACGAGUUAAUUAUGUGACAAUGAGCCAUUAUUAGUUAGCUGUUAUUCCUGUCAAGUUUGGUUUGAUAAACAAUUUAGAAAAAUCUUCUUUUCAAGUAUUAAUGGUGACAUAUUAAAUACAACAGCUGUUCAGAUACGAUAUUAAACAAUGUAAAGGGUCUAAUGGCCUUAUUUAAGGGCACUUUUGUUUGAUUCUGUGUACCGAUAUACCAAAGUUGUUUAAUCUGACAGGUUCUUGAUUGCUGUGUAUCGUCUUGUAACUGCUUUAUCAGUAUUUGUUUCAAACAGAUUGUACAAAAUCUAAUCCUUCGUACUGAACAUUAGAUACACCGCCUAGACUAGUACUUGAAGGUCCUGUUCCAUUUCCACUCUAAGGUUACAUGGCCACUGUAGGUUCUCCUCUAGGAGAACAGAUAUGACCACCAUGCCUGACGCCAUGACUUUUUAACACAUAAACAGAUGAUUAUCACAGAACACCUUUCCCUGUGAUAUUUGGUGGAAUAUGGAGGCUUGCCAUGACACCCAUUGAGGGUUUGGUUUGGUUAGUUGGGGGCCUUAAGCACAGGACAGCUGUUUCCUCGACCCACACAGUGAGCUGUGACAGAUGUGCCAUAUGUGAACGGCGAAAAUUAAUUUGUCUAAGAGUUGCUUUCUUCUUCUUCUUUUUUUUUUAGUAUCUACGUACUGUAUGCAUUCACCCCCUAGCAUAGGGUCACUGUCUUUCUGUUUAAAUACGUGCUAUAAGCACUGGCACUAAGCAAAAAAAAUUAAGAGUACUGUACUUAGUGUAGAACCACAGCCAUUACACCUACUACUACUACUACUACUACUACUACUACUUCAGUCACUAGUUUCAGUUUAUAUUCAAGUAGCCUGCAUAGAAAUAUGCUAGAUAUAUGUUGUUGAACUUCUAGUGAUAUUCAUGCAUGCUGGCCUUUUUGUGUUUAUUUUUGCUUGGGGUUUUUUUUACUGCAUUUUUUGUUAGUAUUGGAUAAAGGUAAUGUUUUGCCUUAUGUCAUGGACUCGAACGUUUUUGUCAUUCUGAUGUUUCUUCCUUGCUUAUGUCUUGGAGAGUGGUGAUUAGUUCACUGAAGACUGUUCCACUGGGGACACUCGUAGUUCCUCCAGUUCCUCCUUCCAUGAACUUCUUGCGAGCAGAAUGUGCAUGGACGUGAGACAUGAAUCACGCCGUACAAUUCUCUGAAAAAUAAAAGAAAAGGCUGUCGGAAAAGAAAAGGAUUUCAUCAAGACCACAUUCAAAUCAUCGUCGUCACCAUCUUCCUGUGUUUUCUAAGACACUUGAGUUGUUUGAUGCCAUGGCUGCUGCUGUGAACAGGCCUGGUUCAUGACAGAGAAAGCUGUCUCUAUCUAGGCUAUCAUGUACAAAUUGACUUAAAUAAAUAUUAGUUUAAUUUACAUUUGAA